UCGGUAUAUUGCCUUAGGAACAAAAGGCUGCACUCUGUAUUGGAGGUUUAUGAAUAAUUACAAAAUUUCGAAGUCAUCGGUUUCGGUAGUCGAAUUCGUGAUCUGGUUCGAAUGAUUCUUGUUCGAACGAUUCGGUUGUCUGUUGCAUUUGCCUUGAUUUAAGUGGAACUACCCUAUACUUCUUAAGUAAAAAAAAUAGAUCCUUCGAUUUUAGUAGAACUACCCUAAACUUCUUAAGUAGAACAACAAGUAGAACUUCCUCUCUGUGACCAAAGAUCCUAAACUUCUUAAGCAGAAGUACUAGAACUCUCUGUAGUAGAAGUAGAACUCUCUGUAGAAGUAGAACUUUCUCUCUGUUGUCGAAAGUCUCUUUCUGAUUCUGACCAAAGAUCAAAAAACAAUGCCUGCCAUGGCUUCGCAGAUGGCGGGUGGCGUUUUGGCGCCGCCCAAGCCUAGGUCGCUACGAGACGUGCUAGUGGCUAAGCGGUUACCAUAUUUAUGAAUCAGGCGUCUAAUAGACCUGAAACGGGUAGAGAAUGACCACCAGAGACACAUGACGAUGACAGCUACUAACUGGAUCAACUACAGGCUGUAGAUGUUCACAAGUCAUAUCUCAUUGAUAAAAUCAACAAGAAUCUUCACAGGAGUACAUUGAUUAACAUCCGCUAAUGUACACGAAUUUCGGUGGGGACUUGAGGACGCGAAAUUAUCAGACACCUCAGCAACGCAAGAUGGAUAUGCUGCUGGCUGAUGACUUAUGACGUGAAUUGUGGGAGUUCGUUUCUUCCUUGUCCUUCCACAGAUGUUGACCAUUAGAAAUUCCGAAAACGAAAGCUCAGCAAUUAUUUCUAGGUAUUGCCUUUGAGUUCAACAGGUGCAUAAAAGAAUCAAACACGACCUCGUAGACCUACCUUUCAUUUUCACAGAAUUCGGAUUGAUGAACUACUUGCUUGGUGCUGAGUUGUCUUAGCAUGCUAUCACAAACUGCAAUUUUUAUUCCUUACUCGCUGAUAAUUUAUUACUUGCUGAUUUCUAUUCAAUCUUAAGCAUGCAAUUUCUAUUCCAUCUUAAACUUCUACUUAUUUCUAUUCCAUCUUAAACUUCUACUUAUUUCUAUUUCAUCGUAAACCUCUUAUCUCUACCUCUAGUAAACAUACACUAUCUUUCUAUAGCAAUUUCUCUUUCAUCCUCAAUCUCUCCUACACCUGGUUCAUAUUAGAAAACACGAGUAAUAAGCGGAAAAUUACGUCGGUCAACACGAGCUCAAGCGCACACGCGACAACCCGCUGGGCAGAGAGGGUACUAUCAUUUAAGUAGUUACCUGGCUUUGUUGAAUGGUACAUGAUCCCCAAGCCUCCAAGGACUUAAGAUUCUUCUGGCUAAAUGGUAGAUUCUUAUGCUUAUGGUGUGUGCCUUUACCUUUUUUGAUUCUUUCCUUGUUUUUAGGUUGGCUCCACCACUACUCUUAUCAUAGUAGACUCGUGGUCAUUUUUCUUGGCUCUCUUUUCACACUUAUGAUGGUAACCUCGCAACAUCAGGCGGACCUCACUUAAGACCUACAUCCUAACCUCACAACUUCUGAUACCAAGAUCCUCUCAUACUGGGCUCUUACACCCUACUGCUGCUACUAUCAUCUUCUGGAGGACAUGAAAGGUCAUUGGAUCUUUCAUUUUACGCCACCACAACCUGCAGACUCUGUCAAAAUGGGUCAUGAAUUCUGUCUUUAUGGUCCUCAACCUCUUUCCAUCAACUACUCAGAAUGAUGAGAUCUUGGGAUUCCUACAUCCUAACCUCACAACUUACACCCACCUACCUCACAACUUACACCCUAUUCCAGAAUGCCUCGAAAGGCACCGCUUGCUAGCAGUUUAAAGCAUCUAGAUAGCACAAAGUGGCAAGGGAUGGAGCAACUUCCUUUCCGACCUCCUCGACCUGACCAAGGCCAAGGGCAUGAUAAUAGACAGUACACGGCGCUUCUUUAUGGUACUCGUUCAUCUCGGAGAUCAACCUAAUUUACUCAAACUGACUUACUUAGUCUAAUCAUUGAGAUUAGAUAUUAGUAGCGAGAAAUUAUUCAAUAUCGAUACUAGUGACCCAGAUUUGAUUUGAUACAACUAGGCAGUUUGAACUUGGUCUACUACGAAACUUUUGUCGACUUCAUUCCAUCCGCCGAUCUAGCAGCAAUGUGGACUUGGUUCGACCCAGCACGGGCAUUGACAGGACCGGCUCCCGCGAUUAAGGCUACAAGAAUAAGUGCAUCUUCGUCCACCUCAAGUGUGUAUCUUGAUCCCGUUUUUCGAGGGAAACGGGGCACCAAGGAGACACUCUUGCAGAUGGAUUCAUGGCAGCUCUAACGUGAUAGCAGUAGCAGCAGUAACGUUGGCAGAAUUGGGCCAGACAUCAAGAGGACCUACAUUCGCGAGUCUGGAAGUGCAACGAGGAAAACACAACUUCUUAUGUCGUUGAUGUCAGGAGGAAAAAAUUGAUUACAAAAUUCACACGUCUUCGUGGUCAUUGAUCGUUUAGUAGUUACUUAGCUCACUUCAUGUCUGCGACUGGUAGUUGUAGAAGAAGGACGAGCGCUUACUGAAACUAGGUUAUCUGGUAGUACAACUUCUAGCACCUAGGUUACCUGGUAGUACACCUGCACCUAGGUUACCUGGUAGCACUAGUCAUUAUAAAUAUUAACCUGUAUCCACGAAACUUUUAGAAUUUAGACUGAGUACGGGACUAGCCAGAUUCUCGAACCUUCUAGAGACUAUGCUGUAAGGUGGUGUUGUUGUAAGAAACGUUGCAGUCCAAAAUUGAUCAGUUGUAUCAAUUCUCGAAACCUCAACAUUAUUAUUAGUUUAUAAGGACAACUAAUAUGUAUAUCUCUAACGUGACCCAGUCAACAACCCUAUAUCGCAACAGCAUGGAGCUCGGGUCCUCCUCAGAGGAAAACAAGGAAAACCUGUCACACAGCAGAAGCGAAAUUAUGACAACAGAGAACUCUCAUGGGACAUGUUUCCGUUCUUUUGCUUACAUCUUUGCGAUUCUUCGCUUAUUUCUCCAUAGGUGAUCUCGAUAUUACUUCUCUACUGCCCUCAUCAAGUUAUCAUCUUCAUCCAUUACCCUGAUUAUCUAUUUCUCCGUCUUUUACUUAUCGAUUUCCUGAUCUUUCUAUCCACCGAUCUCGAUCUCACCACUUGUUACCUGCGGUGUCUAAUCCGCCCACUUUCCUAUCUGUAAGUCCCACUUGUUAUAGAAGCUCCUGAUUCCAUGUAUCUAUAGAAGCUUUUGGUAAGCUCAUUUCUCUGCUAAUUUUUUUUCCUGUGAUAAUCUGUAAGUCCCCCUUGUUAUAGAAGCUGUUUCCACUAAAAACCGAAUCCAUCUAGUAUCUGUAAGUCCCCCUUGUUAUAGUUAUAGAAGCUGACUCCACUGUCUGUCUCUUUCUCUGCUAAAAACCAAACGACCACAGCCCGUCCGCACACAGCACAUCCACGACUGCUAGGAGGAAAAAAGCCAGGCGUCGAGAUCGUGCCGCAAGCUGGAGACCCGACAGCUGAGGACUUCAUGGAGGAAAGCGAAAAAUAUGAGAGGGGAAUCAAACAGGCACUGCAAGCCUAUGUUCAAGAAAAACUUGCGGACGAUUCAAAAGAGAAGAAUACAGGUAUUUGUUUAUCAUGUUUAACAUCCAUCUAUUGGUUGUUGGACAUCUAUUGGUUCGUUGUUGUUGUUGUUUAUCGGUAUACUGAAUAAGCGGGAGUAGAAGUAGCUCCUCGUUUUUAGAGAUGGAAAGCGAGAUACAAUUAUGAGGAAAAUAUUAAACAAGUAUUUAUAAUGAAUGAUCUCGACGUCGACUUGUACAUAAAAGCUAGCGAAAAUAUCAUCGAUUUCCUUACAACAUACUUACACUCACUUACCUCGUUUACCCUAUCACGCCAUUCAGCUUCGCGGCACCGUCCACGCAGUGCAUCCGCGAGUAUGAUAAAAACGCAACUAAGAGAGACGAUUGAUGACGACGAAAUAACCAGUCUCUUCUGUGAGGGUACCGAUAAUGUUGUGCAGGCAGCAUUGAAAUACAAGAAAGCCCGCCCCCAGACGGCGGACGGCACCAAACGAGAAAGCGUAAAACCAGGGAAACCAUGGUAGUAUCUACAUAUUUGCCGUUCUAAGGUCAUUUCAUUUUACAGACAUUGACAUAUGGCCGCAGAGUUAUGCUACUAGUUCGGUAUAUUUUGUGGUAGAAAAAGAAAUGUUCGUUGCUUCCACUAGUACUGCGAUCUUUUAAUCCUCUGGUCUCGAGAUUUCUAAGGAACUCACUACUACCUCAUCUUCAUGACAUUAUUUUAAGACUCCCUGUCCCUUAUAUUAAUAUCUUCCAGCUAAUACUAUCAGGGCGCCACCAGGAGCGGAGCACCCUAUUCAUCCUGGAACAAAACUUCGGCAAAAAUUUCUGCGUUCUCAAUCAGCAAAAAGCUUGUUAAGGCAUUAAAUUUGACAUCAAACAAGGUCAGCGCCAACGCAACCCUAUCAUCUCUCGUGCCUUCACUCCUCCCGUCACUAUCUCUACCCAUCUUCCUAUGUUUAAGUUUAUCGUUAAAAGUCUCCCUCUCUUUUUCUAACCUCACGACCACAGAGUGCCUGGGGCCGUGGUCCGCCACCUUGCAAUGCUUUAGCUCCUAUCAUCGACAAGCGGCUAGACAUCCCGAAUCUCACUUUCGACGCACUGCAAGAUCCCGGUAAUGAAUUAAUGUGUUGGUUAAGUAAGUACAACUUACUAACUAUGUUAAUCUUCUUGUUACCCAAUCUUCGCCUUACAAGAUCCUGGUACAACUAUGUUGUGCUGGCUUUACAAGUACAACUAUGCUAUAAUCUUCGCCUUAAAAGAUCCUGGUACAACUAUGCUGUGCUGGCUUUAGUACAUAGAAGUAGUCCUAGUUCCAUUUGAGAAUCAUGUUGAUCGAACUAGAAGCUUUCGAUAGUGAACCAUUAUGAUUUUAUAUACAGGUACCAAAUUCCGUAAGAUGUUUGAGCGUGGAGAUUUGCCUAUUGGGCUAAAGCAUGGUGCCAGAAUGUCCUUGGAGUGGCGUGUGCCUGUAGAAAACGUGAACGUGCAGAUCUACCUGCCAGUCUUCCUUGACGGCAUUCGCGAACGAAAAUUUCCGUUCAACUACGUCAGUUACGAAGGUACUACUAGAAGUACUUCUCAAGAACUUGAGCUUCUUAAAAAGAGUCUAAGAAAGUACUUCUUAUAAAGAGUAAGAGAGUAGUUGGUUAUAAGAGCUUUACUUUUACUUCAGCUUGUUCAGACAUCAUGGAAGAUUUUUUUAAGUAGGUAAUAUAAACUAGGACUAGCAACCUCCUCUUCUUGAAUAACUAGGUAAAAGCAACCAACCUCGUCUUCUUGUGGUGUACCAACGUACUACCUUUCCUUCUUCACCUCUUGUACUGUAUCAGAAGACCAAGUAAUGUCCACUAGUAUCAAGAUACUAAGUGAUCUCCAUCCAAUGACUGAAAUAAGGGACGUAGCUUCUACAGGCUACUCUUUGUUCUACUUCACUAUUAAUUUCAGUUAUUCACAGGUAGCAUUUCAAUGAUCCGGUCACUACCCCAAGAACGCCUCUUGCCUGCUUUGCCUGAGGCCAUGGCUAGUAUCCACCGAAACAUGGCAGAGAAAGACCGAGACGUCAUCUGCAAGUGCAUCAAGCUCAUGCGCGAAUUGAUACCAAGGGGGCCCGAUAUUGGAGAAGCUAUGGUAAUUGUGUUUGUCUAAUAUAUGAAUAUGAUCCGUUAGAGUUAGACUCUACGUAUAAUUUGUAGCGUUGUGUUUUUGACUAUUUUAGAGUGAUAUUACUCAGUGUAAGACAGUGACACGACUUACCCCUUUUUCAGAGCAGAUUAUCGUAAUUAUUCUUGCUGCUGAGUCCACCAAUUCACGAUACUAGAGACCCCCCUUCUACAAAUUACUUGCUCCUUCUUCUCCACUGAACCAACCCAGAUUCCCUUCUACAAAUUGUUCUUACCGAUUUUGAAUUUAUUCGUUUGCGAGUGGCGCAAUCUGGGCGACCAGAUGGACUAUGCUCAACGCCACGAAGAUGGCAGGAAUAUCGCUAUCAUGUCGCAAGAACUGCUCCAAUUAAGGGUGUGGGAAAUCCAUCUCCAAAGUCAUCUGGAAGAAGAAAACAAGACGAGAAAGGGACCCAGAUGACUAAUGGGAUGAUCUUCCUCCUACGCCUCUAAUCCAUCUACUGGAACGCGCGGCACCGGAAAACGCCUUCUUCAACAUCAAAUAUCAGAUUCCAACCUACGAGUCGUGUCUUCAGUAAGACACUUUUGGAAGGUCGCCAACCAGGGGAGAGGCGGAUGAAGUAAGUAGAUGUGAUUGAAUUAGAAAAAUGUACCAGUGGUACGAGAGAUUUUGAUUUGAGAGUUAAGAAUAAGAUAUAAUACAGCAGUUUGUUAGAAACAUGAUAAACGAUUCAACGAACUAGAUCUAACUAUCAUAUUAAUGCUCAUAAUCUGCAUAGAAAUAGAAGAUGCCGUAUGGUUGUUCCCUAAAGAACUAGACCGAUGUUCUAAAAAUGUUCAUGUUGAAAGACGCUUAUAGCUGACAGAUUCGCAUCAUAUCACCAUGAUUAUGUAGUUAUCCAGUAUCAGUGCUUACCCAUUUUGACAUUGCGUUGAACGUAUUUGCAUAUCCUUCAAAAAACCCAUGUCAUUUACUCCAUUGCCAUCUCAGUAUUUUCUCAAAUCCUACAUUCUGUGCUGUUUUCCGAGCAGAAUUUAAGAACGAAAAAUAUAAACAGACUUAUAUAGAUAUAAGUAGAGACAUCGUGUUGCCCCUGACAUAGACAUUCUCUUCAACAUGAGUCGCGAGUGCAUGAGCAGUAUACUCAAUGAUCUUAUACCCCGUGAGUGGGUGCAUCUAUCUAUUUAUCUACGUGAGAACAAAAUCAAAAUUUAAAUUGUUCCCCUAAUAUGUACAUUAUCUUAAUCUUUACCGAUCGCUUCUCCGCUAUUUCUGAGCUGUAGACGUAUCCCCAUUUAAUGAAUAGUUGAACUCAUUCUCAUAACCGUUAGUUUGUCAUACAGGUACUAAUGAUGUCGAUGGAUUAUGCUAGCAGGAAAGAACUCUUUCCAAAGUCCAUUACGCGAAACGACCUUGAGGACCGAAAUCUUGUAUCUAUAAUUACGCAAUCAAGUCCACUACGCGAUCGAAUAUUAUUGCACGAUCAACUAGUAGCUACACGAUCGAUCCUCGAACAAAACUGUUUUUACGCCCAAAAUUAAUAACCUCCCUAGUCGAACCUCUAGCCCUUCUCGAAAUUAGACGAAGUUUCGCUGAACCUAUUCGAAUAGCCAUCGAUGAUCCCACCUCUGAGCCUCUGGUAAACGUGUUCAACUUCAGAAAGAAACAUCGGC